AUGUCCGACGACGACAUGGGAGACAUGCCCAUAGAGCUGCCAGAGGGCGUUCAGAAAGAGGUGAUGACCCCAGCACUUGAUGGAAGCUGGAAGAGGCCCCAAAGAGGGGACGAAGUCACCGUGCACUACGUUGGCACCCUGCAGUCCGACGGCAGCGAGUUCGACUCCUCGAGGUCUCGCGGCCGGCCCUUUGUGUUCACCUUGGGAAGGGGCGAGGUCAUCAAGGGCUGGGACUUGGGCGUGGCCACCAUGAAAAAAGGCGAGGUUUCCAAGUUCACUUUCGCGCCAGAGUUCGCAUACGGCGAGAACGGCUCGCCACCCAAGAUCCCGGAGAAUGCCACCCUGGUCUUCGAGGUGGAACUGAUUAGCUGGAGGUCGAAGUCUGAUCUCUUCGGAGAUGAGGGUGUGAUUCUGACAAGAGUCACGGAGGGCUCCGGCUGGAGAACCCGGCAGCGAGGUGCUCGCCUCAGUGAAAGCGGAGGCCCCAUUGCGAAGGCCUGCGACAAGGCCCUGCAAAGCAUGAAGGUGGGUGAGGAGGUCCAGCUGAAGUGCUCCAAGGACUACGCAUAUGGUGAUCGUAGCCCAGAUGGUGCCACGGUGACCAUCAAGCUGUCGCAAAUCUAUGAGACCACGGAUGUCUCCUUCGAGUCCAACAGAUCUGUGAUGAAGAAGCAGGUCGUCGAGGGCGAAGGCUACGAGAUGCCCCAGGACGGGGCGCAGGUGACGCUUGAAGUUGAAGCUGCCACAGACGCGUCGGGCCAGAGCUUGUCCGGCUUCCAGGCCAAGACCCUGGAGUUCGUGUUAGGAAACGGAGAUGUCUGUGACGCCCUGGAGUGUGCCGCUAAGGCGGCAGCAGCCCAGCUGGGGCUCAGCUCUCUUGACGCUGACACGCUUCGGUUCACGCUGACGCUGAAGGAUUUCGCGAAGACCAAGGAAACCUGGAGCAUGUCCGAGGAGGAGAAGCUGGAAUUUGGGGCUCAGCGCAAGGAAGUUGGCACCAGUCUCUUCAAGAGUGGCCGCUUUACCCUUGCGCUGCAGCGAUACAAGAAGGUGGCAGAGCUCUUCGACUAUGUGGACAACUUCAAAGCGGAGAACAAGGCCAAGGCGAAAGAGCUCAAGAAGCUCUGCAAGCUGAACCAGGCAGCCUGCUACUUGAAGUUGGGUGAUCACUUCGAGGCGAAGCGCGCCUGUGAUGCCGUUCUCAAGGAGGAUUCUCAGAACCUGAAGGCGCUGCUCCGUCGUGCGCAAGCCCAGUUCGGCAUGAAGAACUUCUUGGACUGCGUGCAGGAUUGCAAGAGACUCGUCGAGCUGGACCCGCAGAACCGCGAUUCCCGCAGCUUGCUCAAGCGGGCGCACGAAGGCCAAGCAGAGGAAGACCGGAGGUCCAAGAAGCUCUUCGCCACCAUGUGCAAGGCUCUAGGCAAAGGACCUAUUCCGGCACCUGAAAAGGCGAAGAUGCCCCACGAAGAAAAAGAACAUUUCGACAUGCAGGAUCCUGCCAAGACCGAAGGGGAGAUGGCCGAAGUACAACCCGCCCCACACGGAGGCAGGGCAACUCUUGGUGAAGAUCAUCCGCCGCAAACGCUGAGUUCGAUGAACAGCCACGUGGCUGGGCUGCUGGUGGCCUCGACAGGGCUGUCCCGCAUUCUUUUCUUGAAAACUCUUGCCCAUACCCCGGCCCUGAAAAGCACGAAGACACAGGCCCUUGGCCGCGGUGAGCUUUCGAAGUACUUCCGUGGCCCAUACUUGACGGGCGAAGUCUACCAAGGCUCGCUCUACUCGAAUAGCAGCCUGGGCGAUCUGCGGACGUUCGACUACAUAGCGCCGGAUGGUCUGGUGAGCGUGUGGCGACACGCGGUGAUCUUGUGCGAUCCUCAGGGCCAAGAACGCCCUGAUCAACGAGACCUUUGCGUGCUGUACCACUUUACAAACGAGCUGGCCUUUCGCAAUGUGGCCGACAUGGAGCAAACCACCGCCGAGCUUUUUGCAUCGCUGGUGGACUCCAGGGCCCACUUCGGGAAGGGCGUCUACUGUACCCAGCAUGAACCAGCCGUAUGGGGCUCCCGCACUCGUAUCUUGCUGAACAACUACAGCAAUUUGAGUCCUUUGCGUGACACAGCGGACCCAGAGGCUCAGCGGGUGGAGGAGGAAUGGGGCAGAGGCAACGCCGGAGGCCAUCGCGCAGCCUUCUGUAUCCCGAUCAUUGUGUCCAGAGAGCUCGCGUACAAUAUCUUUGAAAAACAAACGCCAGACCUGGCCCAGAAGAUGGUCCGUGACGCAGACACGGGAAAGGAGCGCAAGAUCAAUCUGGGAGAGGACUAUCGCGGCCGAAAAGUGGAUCCCGCCCGGGAUGUUUGGGUUGUGCAGGUGACAGACGAUUCUGGCAGGGUGAAGCACGCUGGCGCCGAGGCGGAUGGCUUGCUGAGACUGCUCCGGCGUCGGUUGGCCAACCUCCGACGACAGCUGGGCGACGAUGCGAAGAUCACGUUGGACUGCAUGGGCGAGCUCGCGAGGAGGCUACGGCGCCGCGCCCUGCGCGAAGAAGCGGAGCAGCUGUUCCAAGAGUGUCUGCGACGCCGCCGGGCCAAACUUGGUGAAGAGCAUCCUGACACGCUGGCUUCGAUGAACAACUUGGCUGGACUGCUGCAGGCCUCGAGCUGGGCUUUUGCGAGCGCGAGACAGAAGGGUGCAAUACUGGGUGAAGUCUUGAGAAGAGCGAUGCACCAAAAUGAUGCUCAAAAUUCAGCCUGGCCCCGCAGGAGGUGCCAAUUCCUUUCUGACCCAUACCCCGGCCGUCACAACUGGUACAAUACCAAGUGGCAGGAUCGGGGCCGCUAUGAGGAAGCCGAGCCGCUGUACAGGCAGGCACUGGAGAUUCGCAGCGGCCUUAGGGGGCUUGUGGCGUGA